UUCCUCUUCUUCUUCUACUGUCAUUUUCCCAUAUAUACUCUCGAGGAAAACAAAACCCAAAUCCACUUGUUUUCCUUUCCAUACCUCUCUGGAUUUAUUUAUUUGUUUAUUUAUUUUCUUCUAAUUUAAUUUAAUUAUUCCCUUUUUAAAAUUCCUUAUUCCCUUCUACCUCACUCACUGCUAUAGCUUAACAACAACAACAACAAUCUCUAUCUCUAUCUCUAUCUGUCUCUCUCUUACCUCUCACCACAUUCUUUCACAAUCUCUUCAUGAGCAUGAGCAUGAGCAUGUUUGUUUGCAAAAAGUUUCAAAGACUCACUGCAACCUAGUUACCUUCUUAGCUUAAUUUCUCUUUCUCUCUUUCACCACUCCUUCCUUCCCUUCCUUUAAGCUUCUUCAAUAGUUUGGCCUUUGAGUUAGCUUUCCAGAUUCUUUUCUUGGGAAAAGAUUAGAAAAAGAAGGAGGUGAAGAGAACAAAGGGAUUAUUAUGAUUAUGUUAUACACAGUACUAUACUCUCCUCCUCCUCCUCCUCAUCAGGUUGUGAAUAUUGCACUUUUAAUUAGCCUUGUGUCUUGUCUCUCCUGAGUAUAGUAUCAAAAUCUGAUAUCAUUUUAAUAAAGGAAUAAAAGAAGAAGAACGAAAGCUGUUUCAUAGUAUAUAUAUUUUCUGAGCGUCAAGCCAUAUCCCCAUAAAGAAGAUGACCUUGGAAGGGAUUUUCAUUGAGCCCACCUCAACCACUGCCCCUGAUCUUUCUCUUCACAUAAGCCCCCCAACCAUCUCCUCCUCUUCCUUGAUUUCCAAUCAUGGAAGUAAUAAUUUCCCUUCAAGAACUACUACUUUGUUUCAACAAGCCCACACAGAACUCUCUCUUGGAAGGAAUUUCACUUCUGAAACGCCAACACCAACACCGACACCAACACCAACACCACACAACCCUUAUUAUCAAAGCCUAAACCACUUCCAUCAUCUUCACCAUCACCACAACCACAACAACAACAACAACACUAGUACUAGUGUUAAUACAACAAGUACUACCACUACUAAUACUCCCUUGAAUCACAUAAACUAUGGAGUUUCAUUGCUUGAUGUGUCAUCAUCAGACACCUUGAGGCCAAUCAAGGGGAUUCCUGUGUAUCACAACCGUUCAUUCCCUUUUGUGGCUGCCAUGGACCAUGCUAGAGACGACGACAACAACAACAACAAGGAUCAUCACCAUCAUCACAAGAUGUGCUUAUAUAAUAAUCAUCACAACAUGCCUUCUUAUCACCCCUCUCUCUCUCCCUCCACAGUUGCUCCUUCUCCUUCACCUUACUUUGUGGAUCCCAUGUCCCUCUUGAACAACGGCUCCACCGUGGCGGCAUGUAGGGCUGCCACCGCCACAAGGUUUAAUGGGUUCUCCGGCGAUGCUUUCAAAUCUUCUCAUCCACUGCACCAAUAUGGGGUUGGUCCUUCAGAGGCUUCUUCUGGGUUCAUGAGAUCAAGGUUUCUGCAGAAGCUUCCCAACAAGAGGAGCAUGAGAGCACCCAGAAUGAGGUGGACAAGCACCCUCCAUGCCAGAUUUGUUCAUGCGGUUGAACUUCUUGGUGGCCAUGAAAGAGCUACUCCAAAAUCAGUUCUUGAGCUCAUGGAUGUGAAGGAUCUAACACUAGCUCAUGUGAAGAGCCAUUUGCAGAUGUAUCGAACUGUUAAGACCACUGACAAACCUGCAGCAUCUUCAGGCCAUUCAGAUGGGUCUGGAGAGGAUGAUUUGUCUCCGAUGGGUAGCACCGCCGAUCGUGGCGGUCUUCGGCAAUUUCCCAACCACAGAGGACGGCCGGAAUGGCAGGCGCAACAAGACAUGGACUACCCUUCCACCACCCCUAUCCUAUGGAGUAAUUCUUCAAGUUGUGGAGAGUCACGGCUAAGACCUAGUUCUAACGACAUAGAUGGUCUCAGAUCACCUAUCCUCCAGUCACAAACAAUAUCAGGAGGGCAUCAAAUUCAGGAGUGUGAUUCAACCCAACUCAAGAACAACAUGGCGGGUUCUAAUUUGAAGAAGAACCCAAGCUUGGAAUUCACAUUAGGAAGACCAGAUUGGGAUGGCAAAGAACAAGCCUAGCCUAAUUUUGAUUGGUUCCCUUGUUUUUCAUUUUAUUUUGCAAUUUAUUUAUAAACCAUGGUGACAACUUCUUCACCUUUUUAUGAAAUGUAGAGGUAAUUAUUUAGAUAAAUAUAAAUUGGUGUCUAGGAGAAGAAGAAAAAACCCUUCGUAGUUCUACUUAAUUAGCUAGCUUCCGAAAGUGUUUUGAGUUCAUAAACAGUUUUGUUUAUAUUUUACUUUGCUUUUAUUUAUUUGUGAGGAUGAAGGAAGGACAUUAAUUAAGAUGUAGCAACCAAGGCUUUUAUGAAGGAAGAGAUGAGAUGCAGGUGCAUAUGUAGAAGAGCAAUGAAGGAGAGGGUGGGGGGAAGGAAUUGAAACUAGGGGAAGGAAUUAGAAUAGUUACAUUCUUUUUUUGUUGUUGUUGAACUAGUUUGUUCUCAGUUCUCUGCUCUUCUCUUUAUUUUUUUUCGCAAAUUUGUCCCUUUUAA